AUGCGUUUCUCCAUCUUCGGUGCUCUCACUGCCCUCGCGGCUCUGGCUACUGCCCACACCGACCCUGACUACAGCCAGGGUCCUACUGGCAACCCCAUCUACACUCCCGGUCUGAACGAGGCCGUGCCCGUUGGCAAGCCCUACGCCAUCACCUGGGGUCCUACCACCGAGGGCACCGUCUCUCUGGUCCUUCUCCGUGGCGAGAGCACGAACAUGCAGACUCUCGAGACUAUUGCCGAGCAGAUCCCCAACAACGGCAAGUUCGAAUGGACUCCCAGCACCAGCCUUGAGGCCGAUGUCACCCACUACGGUCUCCUCCUGGUCGUCGAGGGAACUGGCCAGUACCAGUACUCCACCCAGUUCGGUAUCUCCAACCCUAACGGCGCUUCUUCUUCUUCCUCUGCUGCUCCUGAGGUUCCCACCUCGACCGCUGCCAACCCCGGUGCUUCUUCUUCCGCCACCUCUUACGUGACUUACGAGAUCACCACUACUAUCUGCCCCGAGACUGAGACCGCUCCCGCUACUGCCGCUCCUACCGCUUCCACCAGCGCUCCUGUCAUCCCUCCUCCUGCUCAGUCUCACUCCUGGGGCACUGGCGGUGUUAGCGUCCCUGUCGUCUCUCCUACCAACACCCCCUACCUCCCCACCACCCUGCGCAGCUCCUCUGCUCCCUCUGGCACUGCCUCCAGCACCACCCCUGGUGUUCCUCUGUUCACCAGCGGUGCUGACCGCAACGCCAUCAGCUUCGGUGCUGCCGCCGCUGGUGUUCUUGCUGUCCUCGCUUUCUAA